AUGAUCAUAAUUGAACUAACAGUCCGUGGCAAGAGGGGUGUGAUGAGGCUCAUGAAUGGAAACGUGCAAGAUAUGAUAGCCUUCUGCGGGAUUGCAAGGAGAAGGGAUGGAAGCACCCUCAAUGCCCGCACCCUCGGCUCUCUGGGCCGGCUAGAAGAACUUGGUGCAAAUGCAGAAUCACAUGGCAUUGAUAUAAUAGCUGCCCAAGAACACCGAUUUUACCACCCUGACAACAUCCUCAAAUACCAUCAAGUCGGUUCUUAUCAACUCGUAACCUCCUCAGCAUCAAAGAAUACUGUUAAUUCAACAGUUGGAGGUAUCGGAUUUCUACUUUCAUCAAAAGCCAGUGAUACUCUAUUGAGUAUAGAGUCAAUCUCACCUAGAAUUAUGGUGCUUGAGAUAGAUGGAAACCCGAAAACAACAUUGGUAUGUGUGUAUAGCCCACAUAAUUCGUCUGUGGCAGACGAGAUUGAGAAUUUUUAUACAACCCUUCGUUCAACCAUUGAGCAAGUACCUCUCCAUAAUUUUCUAGUUGUAGCUGGUGAUCUGAAUGCUAGACUAGGACCCGAUGAGACCAAGUUUACUUUCAACUCUAAAACUAAUUGGAACGGAGAAAUGCUCAAAGACUUCUUGGAGGAAUUUAAUCUCUACACCUUCAACAAUUCUUUUAUGAAACCAAAAAGUCAACUUUGGACAUUUGAGUCCCCACUUGGUGAUAGGGCACAAAUUGACUACCUCAUCUUUCGAAAGAAAUGGCGCAAUAGUGUUAAAAACUCGAGAUCCUACUCUUCCUUUAGUUCUGUCGGCUCUGACCACAGAAUUGUAUCAGCUACCGUUAAGCUCAUCCAAAAAAGCUAA